AUGCCGGGCCGCGGGGUGGGGCUCAGCCGGCCCGGGCGGGGCGUUCGGCGGCCUCGGGGGAAGGGGCCGCGGGCGGGGGCCUCCCGAGGCCGGGGAGCCGGACGCCGGGCGAGGGCCUCGGCGGGGGCGCCGCGCCGCGAGAGCUCAGAGGGGCCGCCGCGCCGUCGGCGGCCGUGGGGGCCAAGCCCGGCGGCGGGCAGCGCCGAGGCGGCCGGGCCCCGCGAGGCGUCUCGGGCGUCGCUGGAGGCGGCGGCGCGGCAGCCGGGGAGCGUGUGGGUCAACGGGGCCGUGGGGCAGCCCCAGGUGGUGGGGCCCGCGGGCGCGGUGUGGGUGACCGGGCCGGGGGCGGAGGCGGGCGCGGGCGCGCGGAGUCCCGGCGGCGGCGAGAGGAAGGGGCGCCCGGGCCCCGCGGGGCAGGACGGCGUCCUGGCGCUGUGGCUCCGAGUGCAGGCCUUGAGGGCCGCCGCGGGCCACGCGCAGGGCAGCCGCGUGGAGCUGCACCCUGUGCCUGCGGGGGCGGGCGCGGCCGACAGGGGCGUGCCGGGCAGGGCCUCGUGGGUCGAGACGAGCCGCGGGGGUGUCACGGGCCCGUGGGUGAAAGGGCAGGCGCGGGGGACCCCCCGGCCGCCCAGCACCGUGGCCCUGCGGGCUUUCUGCGCCAGGGUGUCCGGCCUGUGCGGGCUGCAGCCUGCCGGGAGGGUGCCCGCCGUGGGUGCGCCUGGGACCCUGGAGGCCAGGACUGGGGUCGCCCCGCAGCUGCCGGCCCGGGGACAGGCCGCGGGGGUCCCGCGGGCAGUGGAGGAGAUCGGCUGUGGGGUGGCCCCGGGUUCUUGGGGGAAAGGACCCCCUCGGGGCGUGCCUGGGCCGGGGUGGCCUGAGGGAGUCGUGGAGGUACCCGCGACUGUGGAAGGAGCGCUGGACCGCGGGAGUGUUUCAGGUCAGCGGGAGAGAGGGCAGGCAGGACAGCAGGUUUCCGGGACCCUGGUCCAGGAGGCGGCGUGUGGGGAGGCCCCCGGCCUUUGGGGUCGAGGACAGGCGGCAGGACUGCCUGACACUGCGCAGGGUGGGGCUGCCUCGCUGGGGGGCCCCGGCGUGUGGCUGCGGAGACAGCCCCGGGAGGAACAAGGCAUCGAGGGCGCCCCGCCUCCGUGGGGCACAGGACAACCUGUCGGGGUACCUUGUGCUGUUGAGGAGGAGCCAAGAUAUGGGGGCGACCCAGGAUUCAGAGAUAGGGGACAGGCUCUGUGGGUAGAGACGGGCUCAGGAGGGGACCCAGGGUCCUGGGAAGCCAGGCAGACUGUGCAGAUGGCUGGGCCCGAGGAGCAGGAGGCGGGGCCUGCGGGUGCUCCCGGCCUCUGGGGCAUAGAACAGACCAUGAGGGCCCCUCAGGCCCUGGGGAAAGAGGUAGGCUGUGGGACUGUGCCCAGCAUGUGGAGGACAGAACAGCCACUGGGGAUGCCCCAGGCUGUGGUAGCACCCGGAGUCGGAGGACAGCAGUCGAGUUGUGAUGCCAUCCCCGGUCUGUGGGCCAGGCAGCAGACUCUGGGGGUGCCUGUGACUGAGGCUGUGCCUGGGGCCGUUCUGGAGAAGCCGUGCUGUGGGAAUGCCCUGAGCCUAUGGGAACAGAGGCAGGCUUUGGAGGAGCAGGAGGUGCUGGUGCCUCAUGCGUUAGGGGCUCCUGGGCCUGUGGAUCAGGAGACAGGCUGCGGGGACGCCUCGUGUCUCUGCAGGAGGAGCCAGGCAUUGGGUUUGCCUGAGCCCAUGGCAGUGCCUGAGGUGGCCAGUGUGCCUAAGCACAGGUGUGCCUCAGCAGGAGCACCCAUACCUGUGGGGCUCCCUGGGCCUGACAGGGUGCCUGCGAGGGUCCCUGCUGCUAUUUGGGUGUCUGGCCCUAUGUGCCAGGAACUCAACUCUGGAGCGGUCUCAAACCCGUGGGGAAGGGUUCUUACUGCUAGAAUGCCUGUGGAGUCAGGGGCAGCUGUGGCCCCCGAAGAGCUGUGGGCUGUAGAAGAGAACACUGGUUCCGGAGCGUGGGGAAGGAGAGAGGCAGUUGGGGUGCCUGUGAUUGCUAGGAUUUCUGUGGCUUCUGAAGUGCCUGGACUUAGGACAGAGCAGACUGGCUUUGGAGGUGCCCCAGGUUCUUGGGAGAGAAGACAGAAUGCCAGUGUUCCUGUAACUGCUGGGGUACCUGAAGCUCCAAGGGGACCUGUUCCUCUGGAGGUCGAGACAGGCUCUGGGGCUUUCUCGGGCUUGCCAGGAAGGAGCCAGACAGCAGGAGUGCCUCUGAUUACAGGGGUAUUUGCAGCCGAUGGAGUGCCUAGACCUGUGCCAGAGACCGACUCUGGAGGUGUUUCAAGCAUGUGGGGCGAGAGAGAGACAGUGGCAGGGUCUGCAGAUGCCAGGUGUCCCACAAGGAUGGGGAUACCCCCGCCUGCUGGGGUGCCUGGGCCCAUAGGGGAGAAUGGUCUUGGUAGUAUCUCAGAUGCAUUGGGAGGAAGACAGACUGCUGGGGUACCCGUGGCUGUUGGGCUGCGCACAGCCAGAGGGGUGCCUGGGCUGGCGGGGGCAGAGAUGCUCUCUGGGAGUCUAGCGGAUUUCCCCAGAAGACGACAGACCAUGGAGACACCUAUGGCUGCUGGAGUUGCUAGGGACGUAGGGGUGUCGACAGAAGCUGGGCUGAUGGAGGGAGUCACUGGCUCUGUGAAUGGCUCAGGUGUGUGGGGAAGGACACUGGUGACUGAAGUCCCUGUUGCUGCCAGUGCUCCUGGAUCUGCGGAGGAGGAGCCUGGCUCUGAUGGUGUUUCUGACCCGUGGAGAAGGAGGCCCAAUGUAACUGUUCCUGAGGGCCCUGUGAGAGGACCUCUGACUUUCGGGGUGCUUGCUGCUGUAGGAGUUCCCAUUACAGGGCGCAUGCCUGCUGCAGUGUGGGUGACUGGGCCUGCAGAAGGCGCAAAUGUGGAAGAGUCGGGCCUCACAGCAGUGAGGACACACUCCAUAGAAGGGGUUUCAGGAGAAGAGUCUGGAGAUGGAAGUAUCCUGGGGCCACCAGGGAGGCGCCCAGUUGUGGGGGUGUCCUAUACCUGUGGCCCUAGAACCAGGUUGUGGAGCUGUCCAAGGUCCCAGGGGGGAGGGACAGUGUAUGAGAAUGUGCCAGCAGUAGUAGCGCCAAGACUAACUGGGGGGGUGCCAGAAACUCUGGCAACGCCUCCAGAUUCCUGUGAAGAAACAGGCAUUGGCUAUUUCCGAGAGCGUGGGAGAGCACAGGCUGGGGUGUCUGGAUUCAGAGUGAGGGGGAGCAAUUUGGGAGCAAAUUGCGGGGGGGAGGACAGAUUGAGGGAGUCAUUCCAGAAGUAGGUCUAGGGGUUGUGUUGGGGGGAUCCUGGGACUCUGGGAGGGAUCAGAUUUGAGGAGAUGUUUGUCCAGGAUUGCGACUGUGUAUGGGUAUCUCAGUAGAAGGGGAGAACGG